AUGGCAGUUUUAAGCAAAUACAAUAAGAAAGAAAAGAAAAAUGCUUUUCUCUUUUGUACGAAGUUAUCUGUGUGUUACUUUUUAUUUUGGGUCCAAAAUUGCGCAAACUCGUCUGAAUAUGAUGGUAACUCCAAUAAUGUAAUGAUUUACAAUCAUGGAAAAAUAUCAAACAUACGAGUAAUGAGAUCCUUAGGGGAAACAAAAAAAAAUUCAAAGUCAAAGGAGGAGGAUAUUGUGAAAAAACUAAAACGUGAUAGACUUGAAAGUAGUUUUUUACCUAAAGCAUUUCAUGAUAUAUAUGAUGUCGACAAGACAUCAGCAUCUGGUGCUCCUAGAUUUCCUGAAUGGUACAAGAAUAACUUUAAAUUUGACGAAGAAACAAUAGAAAAAUUGUUUAACAGUCAUCGUAAAGGAGCGAUGGAAGGAGAUCCAGAAUGUCUUGCAAAAUAUCCAAAGGGUUAUUGGGAUCCAUAUUUUGCAUUAUAUGGAAAGGGUAGUAAGUCUACAAAUAAACAAGAACAAGCAGAACAGCAACAAGAACAACAACAGGAAUUAUAUAAGUAUAUGCUGAAGAAUAAUUUUAAAGAUGUUCCAGAUAUAGAAAAUGUAGAUGCUGACAUAAAGAAAGGACAACCACAUGUAGUAAGAAGUUAUGGACAAAUAGAUAACUCCACUGACACUUCCAUUACUUCCGCUGCCGCAACCGCCCCUUCAGCCUCUGCUUCCGCCGUAGAUUCCGCAGCAGAAACAGCUGAUGCUACUAAAACACAAGAACAGAAGAAAAAGAAAAAGAAAAAAUUUUUUUUUUUUAAAAAUUAA